AUGGGUAAUACUUUGACUGGAGAGUAUCCGAGUAGUUGGGAUGAAGAAGAUGUCGAAGAAUGGAGUGUUGAAGCUGAUUAUACGCAAAAAAUGUUCUACCAUAUUUUUCAAGGCACACAAUUUGUUGAAUAUGAUAAGGAAAGCGAAGAAGAACUAGUCUCAAAAAUCUGUCUAGCAAUCAAUGGAACACCUAAAAUCAAACAAGCUGGAAAAACGAAUCAUUCAGCGGAGCAAUUAGAAGAAGCGAAAAGGAUUUCGCAUAAAAUCAAACAAGUUUGGGCGAUGAUUCCAGCUGAAAAUCGACCAAAAUUCAGCAUUGGCACGAUUUUCAUUUGUUGCAAGCAAGAUAAAAAUCAGUUUACGCUACCGAUUUUCAAAUUGUUAUACAAAAUCGAAGGUUCCGAUCAUAGUUUUCGUUUUAUCGAUACAACAUGCCGUGUUUAUGAGGACUGGGAUGAUUGGAAGAAGAAUAAUUCGCUUCCAAUGAUGAAAUAUUGUUAUCCGGAACAAGGAUUUUAUGCAUGCUCGUAUCUCACGGCAUUUGCUUUCCAGUGUAAUGAAGAUCCUGAUAUUGAAUAUGGAACAUCGCCGGCUUGUGAUUUAUUUGAAAAACGUGACACAAUUUGUAUUUUUUUUCUUUUUUUUUGGUUUCACCGAUUUUCAGAUGUUUAGAAGGGUCCAUGGAGUAGAAAAUUUCUAGAAUUCAUGGAUAUUUUAUCAAAAAAUGAAGGGGUUUGGGAAAAUGUAGGUUUUUCGCGAAGAAAAGCUGGGAAACCUAGAAAAAUAAUGCGAAUUCAAGAUUUUCCAUGAAUUUUAUCAAUUUUUCCCUAAAUUCCACUCCCAAAAUCACUCGGUUUUGGGGUACUCUACGAAGUUCUAUACAAAUUAAGCUUAAGUUCGAGAAUUUUGAGCUUUUGGUCUGAAAUUGUGAAGUUUUUUGGUUUUCUAGGCCAUCGGAAGGUAAUUUUUGGUUUUCUAGGUCAUGUUUUCUCACCUCAACCAUUUUCUUCUCUUUUUCCUCCUUUUAAAAGGAAAAUUUUCUCGUUGUUCCUUGAUUUUCAGCGCAUUCAAACGAGCAAACGCGCUCUAAUGCAAACAGCAAACAUGUGUACUUCUCUCGGACGAUUUUUCUUUUUUUUGCGAAAAAACUAUUUUUCCCCAAAAACCUUGUUUUUUAGAUGUCUUCAGCGCCAGAAAAGAAAAGGAAGAAGCUGAAUGCCGCGUUGGCAGAAGCAAUUGGUGUAACAACCAAAAAAUCCGAGGAAAAUAUCGAAAAACCGAUUGCAUUGGCUCUGAUCAGUGAUGAUAAAUCAGCGGCGAGUCUUUUGAGCAAAAUUCAAGCGCAAAAUCGACCGAAAGAAGUGUUGGAAUCAACGUUGAAUGUUUGUAAAGUGAACGGCGAUGAUGCGCAUGUUGGAGAACCGUUUAGACAACUUUUUUCGGAUUAUUUUCGAAUUUUGGGCAUUGAAUCUGCACAAAAUUGCUGGGAUUUGUUGUUUGCAGCAAUUUCAAGCGCAGAAAAUGUAUCAAAAAAUGAAACUGCGAUUAUUUGUGAUUUUAUAAACAGCGCAAAUUUAUUGGGAAAUGGAUUUUCGAAAUUGGUUCAGAAGAUUAAGUUGAAUUUGGCUGAAACUAUCAAGAAUUUUUAUGCUUCUGAAAGAAUUGAAGAUGCUGGAAAUCUGGGAUAUUCUCUAAUUUGUUUGCUUUUGGCUGAAAAUGCAUAUUGUGAUGAGGAUAAUGGGAUUGUUAUUGAUUUUUGGAAAGAAAAUGUGGAAGUUGAGGUGAGCAUUUUUUGAAAAGUGAAAAUUUAUGAAGAAAAAUGUGAAAAAUCCUAUUCUAGACCUGGAAAAUCACAAAAAUCCUGUUCUAGACCUGAAAAUUCACAAAAACCAGGUCUCCGGGCCUGGGAAACCACAAAAAUCUAAUUCUAGGGCUAGAAAAUGUGAAAAAUCAUGUUCCGGGCCUGGGAAACCACAAAAAUCUAAUCCUAGGGCUAGAAAAUCACAAAAAUCCUAUUCUAGGCCUGAAAAAUGUGAAAAAUCAUCUCCUGGGCCUGAAAAAUAACAAAAAUUAGGUUUUGGACCUGGAAAAUCUCAAAAAUCUAAUCCUAGGCCUAGAAAAUGUGAGAAAUCCUGUUCUAGACCUAAAAAAUCACAAAAACUAGAUUUUGGGCCUGAAACUUCACAAAAACUGGGUCUUCGGGCCUGAAAAUUCACAAAAAUCUAAUCGUAGGCCUGAAAAAUGUGAAAAAUCCUCUUCUGGACCUGGAAAAUCCCAAAAAUCCAAUCCCAGGCCUCAGAAAUGUGAAAAAUCCUGUUCUAAAGCUGAAAUAUCCUAAAAAUUAGGCUCUAGGCCUAAAAUAUGUGAGAAAAUGCUGUUCUGGACCUGGAAAACCACAUUAACUAGAUUUAGGGCCUAAAAAAUGUGAAAAAUCCUCUCCUGGACCUCAAAAAAGCCCUGAAAAAUCCCCCAAAUUUUCCAGGAAAUGCAAAAAUCCCCACAUUUCGCUCUUCUCCAUCUUCUUGCUCUCGGCUCAAAAUCCACCGAAAAAUGGCCGAAAAAAUCGCUGAAAAAGCUCGAAUCGCACCCGAAAAUCCUUGAAAUCUUCCAAAAUCACAUCGAAUUCUUUGCCGUAGUUCUCGAGGAGAAUACCGUAGUCCAGUUGCUCAAAAUGUCGCUUGAAAAAGAGGAAAAGCUGAAAAUGUUGGCUAGAAGAUGUGGAAUUGCUGGAAUUUCUGGAUUAUUGACAAAAGCUGUGCUGGAAGUUGGGGAAAAUCCGAAAAUUAUCGAUUUUUUGACGAAUUUGGAUGGGGUUAUUGAGGGAAAAGAGGAUCUUUUUGCAAUUUUCGUGAGUUUUUUCUUUAAAAAAAUUGGUUUUUGCCACGUCAUAGCUCAUUUUUUCCAGAAUUUGCUCAUAAAUUCGGCUGAAACCUCGAUCGCCACUCAAAAUUUGCUUCGAAAAUAUGCCAAAACCUAUCCGGAAAUCUUCCAAAAAUUUGUGAAAAAAUCGAAAAAUGCAUUUUUGCGCGAGAAUUUCAAGGGUCCCGAAAUGUCGGAGACGAAAUAUGUGAAUCGCACGGCUGAGGAGAUAAAUCAGGUUUUAUUGGAAGAAGAGCAAGUGGAUUUGGAGAAGAUUUGCGUGGUUUUGAAAUCUGUUCAUACUUGGGAAGUGAAACAGGCGAUUUUUGGUGAGAUUUGGAGCAUUUUGACCUGAAAAUUAUGAAAAUCUCGAAAUUUUGAGCAUUUUGAUACCAAAUUUGAUGAAAAAUUCAAAUUUUGAACCAAAAUUCAUCGAAAAAUGACGGUGUAAACGCGGAGUAUCGUUUGAAACGUUGAAUAUUCGGUUUUCGAGAGUUCAAACGACACUCCAUGUUUACGUGGUCAAUUUUCAAUUAAAAAGGCCGAAUCUCAUGAAAACAGACGGUGUAAACGCGGAGUAUCGUAGUUUUCGCUUUUUAAACGAUACUCCAUGUUUACGGGGUCAUUUUUCAUUUAAAAUUGGGAUUUUCAGGCCGAAUCUUAUUGAAAAUGACGGUGUAAACGCGGAGUAUCGUUUGAAACUUUCAAAAUUGUUUUUUAAAGAGUCCAAACGAUACUCCGAACGUUACGGGGUCAUUUUACAUUUAAAAAUUCAAAUUUUUAACCAAAAUUCAUGGAAAAUGACGGUGUAAACGCGGAGUAUCGUUUAAAAUUGUGUUCAAACGAUACUCCAUGUUUACGGGGUCAAUUUUCAAUUAAAAAUUUGGAUUUUUAGGCCGAAUCCCAUGAAAAAUGACGGUGUAAACGCGGAGUAUCGUUUGAAAUGUUUAAAAUUGUGUUCAAACGAUACUCCGAACGUUUACGGGGUCAUUUUUCAUUGCAAAUUUAUGAAAAUUUUAAAAUUCACAGAAUUUUGAGCUAAAAUUGAUGAAAAAUAUCGUGCUGGCCUAGAAAUCCAAAACUAGUCCCCCCAAAAAAAUCCCAUUUUUUCAGAAAACCUCACAAAACUUGUCGAAAAUCUGGAAGGCGGUGAAAAUCCACAGGAACUUGAUCUCUACAAGCAGAUAAUUCGAAUUUACGCCAACUCAAAUCUCGAAUCGCUAGCAAUUCAACUGAUUUUGACACGUUUGGCAAGCGAUGAUUGGCCAGAAAAUCGAAAAAAUUCGCCGGAUGUUUUGACAAAAUUGACGGAAUUGUUGGAUGUGAUGAUUCGAGACGCGAAAAAUUCGAUCAUCAAAAAUUUCACAGCGAUUUUUUGCCAACUUUUUUCGGAUUUGCUGAGAAGUGUUCAGCGAUUUUUGAGGAAUUCUGAGAAUUUUGGAGAAGAAGAAGAUGCGAUUUUGAGAAAACACAAAUUGAUUCAGGAUAUUUCACGCAUUGUUGAUUUGAUGAAACGACAUGAAUCCUAUUUUUCAAUGGUAUGGGGGUUUUGGGGGGAUUUUUAGCUGGAAAAUCUGAAUUUUGACCCAAAAUUCGUAGUUUUUGAUGAAUUUUCAGCCAAAAAUCAUGAAUUUUGGACAAUUUUGAGCUGAAAUUCAUGAAUUUGUAGCUAAAAAUCAUGAAUUUUGGACAAUUUUGAGCUGAAAUUCAUGAAUUUUGAGCUAAAAAUCAUGAAUUUUGGAUAAUUUUGAGCUAAAAAUCAUGAAUUUUGGACAAUUUUGAGCUAAAAAUCAUGAAUUUUGGACAAUUUUGAGCUGAAAUUCAUGAUUUUCAGACAAUUUUGAGCUGAAAUUCAUGAAUUUUGAGCUGAAACUCAUGAAUUUUGAGCUGAAAUUCAUGAAUUUCGGACAAUUUUGAGCUAAAAAUCAUGAAUUUUGGACAAUUUUGAGCUGAAAUUCAUGAAUUUGGAGCUAAAAAUCAUGAAUUUUGGAUAAUUUUGAGCUGAAAUUCAUGAAUUUGGAGCUAAAAAUCAUGAAAUUCAUGAAUUUUGAGCUAAAAAUCAUGAAUUUUGGAUAAUUUUGAGCUAAAAAUCAUGAAUUUUGGACAAUUUUGAGCUAAAAAUCAUGAAUUUUGGACAAUUUUGAGCUGAAAUUCAUGAUUUUCAGACAAUUUUGAGCUGAAAUUCAUGAAUUUUGAGCUGAAACUCAUGAAUUUUGAGCUGAAAUUCAUGAAUUUCGGACAAUUUUGAGCUAAAAAUCAUGAAUUUUGGACAAUUUUGAGCUGAAAUUCAUGAAUUUGGAGCUAAAAAUCAUGAAUUUUGGAUAAUUUUGAGCUGAAAUUCAUGAAUUUGGAGCUAAAAAUCAUGAAAUUCAUGAAUUUUGAGCUAAAAAUCAUGAAUUUUGGAUAAUUUUAAGCUGAAAUUCAUGAAUUUUGGACAAUUUUGAGUUAAAAAUCAUGAAUUUUGGACAAUUUUGAGCUGAAAUUCAUCAAUUUUGGACAAUUUUGAGCUGAAAUUCAUGAAUUUUGGACAAUUUUGAGCUGAAAUUCAUGAAUUUUGGACAAUUUUGAGCUAAAAAUCAUGAAUUAUGAGCUAAAAAUCAUGCAUUUUGGAUAAUUUUGGACAAUGUUGAGCUAAAAAUCCGAAAUUUCCAGAUAAUUUUGACCCAAAUUUCAAAUUUUCCAGCUUGCCGCCUCAAUGAUUUCGGAUACAGUAUUCAAUGGUUCCGCGACGAUUUUGACGAUGGCAAAAUUGCACAGUUUGGCUGAUCGAAAUGCGUAUGUUCCUUUAAAUUUGCGGGGUUACUGUAGCUUGGGAAUUCAAGGGAUUCUGAUAUUUUCCUUUGAAAAUUCUUGGGAUACUGUAUGUGCCUUUAUAUUUUCAAACAUGAUUUUAAAGGCCCAAGAAUAUAAUGUGUUUAUGUUCCUUUGAAAAUUCUGGGUGCCUUUUUUGGACAAUCUACAGUAGUCAAGUGAUUUUGAAGCACCAAAAUUGAUGUUCCUUUUAAAUCCCACAGGAUUACUGUAUGUGCCUUUAAACCUUGUAGUUUUGGACAUUCUACAGUAGUCAAGUGAUUUUAAAGCUCCAAAUUAAUGUUCCUUUAAAAUCCCACAGGAUUACUGUAGGCUCCUUUAAAGAUUUUUCGUUGCAGAUCUGCUCUUUUGGCCACAAAUUUGCCGGUCGUCGAAAGAACUCGCUACAGUAAAUUUUUGCCAAUCAUCACAAAAGCCUCAAAAAAAGUUUUUUGA